AUGCUGGCGCAAUGGGCCCAACGGCGCGUCUGGCGCAGUCCCCCUGAAGCCAUCUGGUUACAGCGAACAGCUCGAUCUUUCCACCAACAGAGCUCUCCACGCUCCCAGGUCUUGAGAAGGCAAGGCAUCCACGCGAAACCACAUCCACGUCUGUUACGAGCAGGCCAUCAGCUCAGUGCUCGCGCUUUAUUUACCUCUUCUAUACCACCGAUCCUUAUCCCCCCCGCCAUCUUCACUGGAUUGCUCAUCACCCUCUGGACAUGGAAAUGCUUUUGGAUCGUUGUGCUCCAGGACAAGCUUCUGUAUCUCUCCUGGCUGCCCCCGUUUUCGCGCUCCGAGACCAUAGCCAACUAUGAGGCGGAGUGCCGUCCAGUCAACUGGACAGAGCGUCCCAUCCGCAGUCUAGACGGGACUAGAUUAACUGUCUGCGAGGGACGUAUCCCUGCCCCGGGAGACCGCGGUCGCGAAGCUGCUGCAGACCCCCCGCGAAAGAGAAAGUCGGUAGUGAUUUGCUACUUCCAGGGGAAUGGCGGGUCGACUCCGCUACGGCUGCCGCUUCUCUCGCACGUCCUUCGGGCUAUCAGGGAUAUGUCGUCGUCGCCGCCUGGUGAGUUCGACGUGGAGUAUACCGUUGUAGCCUUGUCGUAUCGCGGGUACUGGACUUCCUCGGGUCGUGCGACGCAGCGCGGUAUCGAACUAGACGCGCAGGCGCUUCUAGAGUGGGUGUCGCAGACAUUCAGCGCCCCCGACAAAGACCUCCAACUUGUUCUCUGGGGGCAUAGCCUAGGCGCAGCUGUGGCGAGCAAAGCUGCUCUCGCGUAUCUUUCCCGUGCUGAUAGCCCAAACGGUGAAACAUCAAAACUCCCCAUCGCGGGGUUGGUUCUCGAAGCUCCAAUCUCCAGCAUCAAAGAUAUGCUGAUCAGUCUCUAUCCGCAAAAGUGGCUGCCUUACCGGUACUUAUGGCCGUUUUCAUGGAACAACUGGGACGUCGCCAGUUACCUGGAGCAGAUGGCCCAUUGGCAGGACCGACCGGCCAAUCCACCGAGCGAAAACCACAUGGAUGGUGAAGCAGGCUCUCUAUGUUCUCAGUCCGCUGCGCCAUGCUCUCGAGCUCUCCCUCCGAUAUUUUUGAUGUCGGCCAAGGAGGAUGAGGUGAUUCCACCGUGGGUGGCUGAUCAAUUAGAACAAAAAGCAAAGGAUUUAAAGCUAGAUCUCGAGCGGAAAGAUGUACCGGGAGCGAUGCACAUUGAAGGACCGCUCAAGGUAGAUGGGCGGAAGGCUCUGGUUAACUUCAUCCUCAAGCGGACUGCACGCCGUGCUACUGAUAAGUCGCUAAACAAGUAUUCCGCGCAUUAA